CCCGUUACCCCAAAUCACAGAACCCUAGCACCCAAAGCAAUUGAAUCGUCACAGAGGAGGUCGCGAAGAUGGGGAAGAAACAGCACAGCAAAGAUCGAAUGUUCAUAACGAAGACGGAAUGGGCUACCGAGUGGGGCGGCGCUAAAUCCAAAGAGAAUCGUACCCCUUUCAAACGCCUUCCCUUCUAUUGCUGCGCUCUUACAUUCACACCCUUUGAGUUGCCUGUAUGCACGAAGGAUGGAAGCGUCUUCGAUUUAAUGAAUAUAGUUCCUUAUAUUAGGAAGUAUGGGAAGCAUCCUGUUACUGGGGCUCCAUUGAAGCAAGAGGAUCUUAUCAAUCUAACUUUCCAUAAGAAUUCUGAAGGAGAGUAUCAUUGCCCUGUUCUGAACAAAGUUUUUACUGAGUACACACACAUAGUUGCUGUGAAGACUACAGGAAACGUGUUCUGUUAUGAGGCAAUUAAAGAAUUAAAUAUCAAGACUAAGAACUGGAAAGAGCUUCUUACAGAUGAACCUUUCACUAGGGAAGAUAUAAUUACAAUUCAGAAUCCUAAUGCACUAGAAAGUAAGGUUACCUUGGAUUUUGAUCAUGUCAAAAAUAGUUUGAAGGUUGAUGAUGAAGAACUAAGAAAAAUGAGUUCAGAUCCAACUUAUAACAUAAAUGUUGCUGGAGAUAUCAAGCAGAUGCUAGCAGAGCUUGGAACAGACAAAGCGAAGCAAACUGCUCUACUUGGAGGUGGUGGGAGUAAGGCUCAAAAUGAGAGAGCUUCUGCUCUUGCUGCCAUUUUAGCUGCCAGAUCUCGCAUCAAAGAGGAUUCUAAGGCAGAUGCAAACGGAGAGAGUAAAAGUCAACCUGCAUUUAGUAUUGUGGAUGCUGCAUCUGCUUCAGUACAUGGAAGAAGUGCUGCGGCAGCAAAAGCUGCAUCAAGUGAUAAAACGGCUGCUCGGAUCGCUACGCACAUGGCUGGAGAGAGGGCACCAGUGAAUGCUAAGAUGGUGAAGAGUCGUUUUACAACUGGUGCUGCUUCACGAUCCUUUACUUCUACCAAUUAUGAUCCAGUCACCAAAAAUGAAUUUGAGUAUGUUAAAGUUGAAAAAAACCCUAAAAAGAAAGGUUAUGUUCAGCUGCAUACAACACAUGGUGAUUUGAACAUUGAGCUGCACUGUGAUAUUACUCCGAGGACGAGUGAGAAUUUCAUCACUCUUUGUGAACGUGGCUAUUACAAUGGUGUGGCUUUCCAUAGAAACAUUCGGAAUUUUAUGAUUCAAGGUGGUGAUCCAACUGGUACUGGGAGAGGAGGUGAAUCUAUAUGGGGAAAGCCUUUUAAUGAUGAACUUAACUCUAAGUUGCUUCACUCAGGAAGAGGUGUUGUUAGUAUGGCUAACAGUGGCCCUCACACAAAUGGUUCGCAGUUUUUCAUCCUAUAUAAAUCUGCAAAUCAUUUAAACUUCAAACAUACUGUCUUUGGUGGAGUUGUUGGUGGUUUGACGUCACUAUCAGCUAUGGAGAAGGUUCCUGUGGAUGACAAUGACAAACCUCUGGAGGAGAUUAAAAUAAUUAGUGUUACAGUAUUUGUAAACCCGUACUCAGAACCUGAUGAAGAGGAAGAGGAAGAGAAAGAAAAGAGCAAUGGUGAAAAGGCUACUGAGGAUGAAGAUAAUGAUAAGAUUGGGUCUUGGUAUAGCAAUCCAGGUACAGGAAUGGCAGAAGCUGGAGCAAUUGGCGGUGGUGGUGUUGGAAAGUACUUAAAGGCUAGGAACUCCCAGAGUGAGUCUGCUGCUGUUGAUACCAAUAUAACAUCAAUUUCUGUAACAAAGAAAAGGAAAAUCGCUCCCGGAGAAUUUAAAGAUUUUUCUGCUUGGUAAACCGGUGAGGCUCUUUAAUGCACCACCGUUGCCCUUUUAAACGAUACAAAAUGUGAUCUAGAGCUUGGAAGCAAGAGGUGCUCAAAUUUAGAAUUUGCAUUUCAACACUGCUCUGACCAAAACUGCGGGAACGAGAUAUUCAAUGACAGAAAAUUCAGAUU